AUGGAGGCUUCUCAUUCUGCCUACGUUGGCACCGAGCCCACCACAGCCAUACCCACCGCCUCCCCAACGUCUUCAUCGCCCAGCUACCUGCAGUUCUUCUGGGAGUACCAGGACAAUGCUGUCAUCGUCGAGCAUUACAACUUUACUGGCAAGCUGCAGGGCGACCGCUACCGCGAGGGGCUCAAACCCGAGGGCAUUGCCUUCCUGGUGGUGUGUCUUCUCAUUGUUCUGGAGAACGCGGUUGUUCUCCUCGCCAUCUGGAGAAACAAGAAAUUCCACCUGCCCAUGUAUUACUUAUUGGGAAACCUGACUCUGUCAGAUCUGCUCGCUGGGAUCACAUACAUGGCCAACAUCAUCAUGUCAGGCCCCAACACUUUAAAACUGACACCUUUGCUAUGGUUCAUCAGAGAGGGAGGCGUCUUCAUCACACUGGCCGCCUCUGUCAUCAGCUUGCUGGCCAUCGCCAUCGAACGUCAUGUUACCAUGGUGACCAUGAGGCCGUACCAUGGAGCAAAGCGGGGACGGAUGUUAGCACUGAUUGGUGCAAGUUGGGCCCUGGCAGGGUUUUUGGGAGUCCUGCCAAUUCUGGGAUGGAACUGCAUCCACAGACUGGACCAGUGUUCAACAGUCCUCCCACUAUAUGCUAAGAGUUACAUCCUUUUCUGCGUUUCCGUGUUUAGCGCGGUACUGCUAGCCAUAGUGGUCCUUUAUGCUCGGGUUUUUCGCAUUGUCCGUACCAAUACACAACGUCAGAGACUGGGGCUGUCUGGUAGCUUGAGGAAGGGCUUGGCACGGAAGUCACAGAAGUAUAUAGCCUUGCUCAAGACAGUCACUAUUGUCCUGGGUGUCUUCAUUGCUUGUUGGCUGCCACUCUUCCUUCUCCUCCUCCUGGAUUUCUUCUGCCCCAACCGCAGCUGCCGUCUACUAUACAAGGCAGACUACUUCCUGGGUGUCGCCAUGGUGAACUCGCUGCUCAACCCCAUCAUCUACACUCUCACCAGCAAGGACAUGAGGAGGGCCAUCCUCAGGCUGCUGUGUCGGCCAUGUCUAAUGACCAGUGAUGGCCAGGUGAAGAAGAUUGGGGUUCCCUUCCUGGAGUGCAGUUUCAGUAAGACAGAGGUAGCCUCCCAAAAGUUAGAUGGGGGGCAGGAGACAACUAUCUCAUCUGGGAAUGUCAUCACCACCCCUUCCCCUAUUAAGGCACUCUACCCCAAGCUCUUCAAAUCCUGA